CUGUUCCCGGGGACGGACCACAUCGACCAGUGGAACAAAAUCAUAGAGCAACUGGGCACUCCGUCGGCCGCGUUCAUGUCCCGCCUGCAGCCGACCGUCCGCAACUACGUCGAGAACAGACCUCGCUACACCGGAUACAGCUUCGAGAGGCUGUUUCCGGAUAUCCUGUUCCCCUCGGACUCCAACGAGCACAACCGACUGAAGGCCUCGCAGGCCCGGGACCUGCUGUCCCGCAUGCUGGUCAUUGACCCCGAGAGACGCAUCUCUGUGGACGAGGCGCUCCUGCAUCCCUACAUCAACGUGUGGUACGACGAGGGGGAGGUCAACGCGCCGGCCCCCGCGUCGUACGACCACUCGGUGGACGAGCGCGAGCACACGGUGGAGCAGUGGAAGCAGCUCAUCUACCAGGAGGUGGUGGAGUACGCCGCGCCCCCGCCGCCCGCGCACCUGCAGCCCCCGCCCGACCACGCGCAGCCCGCGCUCACCACAUAG